AUGGCGGGCGCCGUGGCGAAGAAGAACCUUUUCUCUGUGCUCACAGAGGAAGAGGAGGUGAUGAAGAAGUUGGACCGCCAGGAGCGGAGACGCCAGCGAAAGCAGGAACGCGAGAAUGCGCGUGCGGCGGCGGAGGCGGAGAGGGCGCAGCAGCUCUCGACGCCGACGUCUGCGUCGCGCCUCGGCGGCAGCAGAUGGGCGGACUUCAGUGAAGACGACGAAGACGACUACGACUUCAUGCAGCCCUCCGGCGGCGGACCCCCAGCUGCGCACGCCGCAGGCGGCGAGCGCGGCCGCGCAACCCCUGGCAGAAGCCGAGACAACGACGACGCGUUCUACACGAGCGACAGUGAAAGCGAGACAGAGAGCGAAGAGGAGGAAGAAGCGCCUCACCCGGAAUCCAGCAGCGACAGUGAAAACGAAGAGGCGCCGCCGCAGCGUGUGUUCGAGCCCCCGACUCCCGCCCGAACCAAAGGACGCGAAGCCCCUGAGUCAGCUUCGCAGGCGACGAAGGGCCUCUCGAGGAAGGAACGGAAGCAGCGAGAACUCGCAGAGCUGGAUGCGCUUUUCAGUGAGAUGCAGAUUGCGCCCUCUCCUGGGAGCCCGUCGGGUCCUCAGGAGACUGCGCAAGGCGCUGCGAGCGCUGCUGCGAAGCAGGCGAACGGGGUCGAGGCGGAAGGCGAAGACGGCGGAAGCCCCGCGACGGAGGCUGCGAAGAAGAAGAAAAAGAAGAAGAAGGCCUCGGCCGGCGCCAGUUCACCGCAGAUGGAGGGAGGCGACAGCGCGACGCAAGCGAACAACACAGACGAAGAGAAAGAGGGAGGCGCUCAGAGGGACGGCAUUAAACGCCCAUGCGGUGUUGCGGGAGUGAAGCUGACUGGCGGCGCCGCAGCUGCGAGGAGAAAGGGAGCGACCGCGGGUCGCGGCUCAACUGCAGACGAAGCGCGCCGGCUCGCGGCACUCGAGGAAGAGAAGAAGAAGGCAGCGGCGAAGAAAGAGAAGAAGGCCAAGCUGUACUUCCCCAAGAACCAAUAA